CGUGAGGUGGCCGCGGUGGUCGCCUCGGCAAAAGUAGUCGUGGACUCGUCAACGCAAUCUUAAGUCGUCGUUGUCGUGUUUUAGUAGGCGUUUGUGUGUAGCUUGCGAAGUCCCGUCGGCUUGACAAGGUUUCAAGGGCGAGAAGGAGGAUGACACGGUUCGAGCCUCCAGAGGUCGCCACGGGGGCUACACCCCCACGCCACGGACAGCCCCGCAGCCAGCCACGUCGUGGCGGCCAACAGCAACAUCCGCCGGGCGGGCGGGGCGACGGGCUACGGCGCCCGGGGAACGCCAAACAUGGCACUGCUGCGCAGGCUAUCGUGCAAUUCUCCACCAGCACCUCUUCUCCCGUCUCCAUUCCCUCGCGUCGCUCGCCCUACCUGAGCUCCACCCCGAGCCCUGCCUCGCAGUCCCCGCCCUCCCGCUCCCCUCAAACCGUCCGCUCCCCUCCCUCCCGCUCCCCCCAAACCAUCCGCUCCCCUCCCUCCCGCUCCCCACAAACCGUCCACUCCCCUCCCUCCCGCUCCCCCCAAACAGUGCACUCCCCUUCCUCUCGCUCGCCCCAAGCCAUGCACUCCCCUCGCUCCCUCGACCCCCGCCGCUCCCCUCCAUCGACGACAAACGGUUUCUGCCAAGCGUCGUCUCCCCGGCAGGCCGGCUCUCCGCUCUCCCGCUCGCCUCGCGAAGGUGGCGAAUGGCCUGCUUACGCCGGAGCCAAAUUUAGCGAGCCACCGUCUCCGAGCGUGCUGCCACCGCCGCCCGUGCACUGGGUCUCCAGCACCGCUGGUGGCAGUCGCAAGGGGAGCGGCGGCGGCGAAGGCGACGCUGCCGAGGAUCCAGCGCCAAAGAGCUCUCCUGCGAAAUGUUUCGAGGAUGCCGGGGCCAAGUCCCAGAGCGCUGCGACGGCUACUGCGGCAGCCACGGCGGUGAUUGCUUGCGCGCUGGGCGCGCGCUUUCCGGCAAACAGUUUUGCCGCAUAUUUGCCGCCGCCGCCGCACGCCGCCACGUACUACAGCGAAAUGACGUCGCAGCUGAAGAUGUUGCUCAAAGUGCAGGCGUAGGAAGGAGGAGGAGACGUGAAGAGCAGAGACCGCGACCGACCAAACGGAACGAGACGCGUGCCGUUAAUGGUCUUUGCUCAAUUUAUUUUGGACUUGGGACAGACGACAACAUGUGUAGGCGUGCAAAAAGGGGUUUCAGGCAACUCGAUCCUUCUGCCUUCUGAAGGAAUGUGUGGGCAUCCCGGUGUGGUGACUAGAUUUUAAAUGGACUCUUAAUCGUUCAGAAGAUGUUUGAUCACUGUAGACAGGCAAGAUGAUGGCCUUUUUAAGGCGCGGAGGGGGGUGUGCACAACACCGUGUGCUUGCUUGUGAAGUGAAAAAGUUGGGGCCUUUUAUAUUAUAAGGCAGGGUGGGGGUGGGGGGGGGUGAAAUGUCAUAAGAGUUGGAGAUGUUUUGCGUUGGAAUCUUGUUUAAUCCCUUGCGAAAUUUGAUCUAAGUUGUCGCUAAACAAGGUCGACCAGUUGCCAAUCACAAUGUGAUUCUGUCUGUGGCAAUGUUUUAAGUUCUGAUGAAAUCGGCACGAGUAAUAACAUUUCUUUAAAUACAUUUUUUAAAAUCUGCAGUCGGGCAACUGGCCUUGGCCUGUACUGUGUGUACAGCUAUGGCAAAAAGUGCACUUGGCACUGACAUGUUGACUGCCAGUGUUUUUAUGACUUGUACGGGGAUGUAAUGGGGAGUGGUGGUCUGGGCUUUGAUGCACUGCAAUACCCAAAAUGACCCAGAUUCAGUUACUGGCCAUGGUGAUAUCUGAAUCUGGUUUGGGUCCUCCCCUAGGUCAACUCGACCUAAAUUAAGUACCUGGUGUGGUGUUGUAUGCACAUCAGUACCAGGAUGGCAAAAAAGGGCGUUGGUGGUGCUGGCCACACCACUCUCUUAUGUGCCGUCCCCAGCCUUAACAGGUGCUCACUGUCUGCACUGGGGCUGAGUUGGGGGCAUCUUUGUGUGCACGUUAUUGGCUUUGCUUGGUGUGUGCGUGUGUGUGGUAACUGCAAAGCACUGUUGUGUGUGCAUAUGUGUUAGGAAGUGUUUGUGUGCCAAAGAGUCUUCGGCUAAUCUUAACGCUCCCCAUUUGAUGACAAGCACUUGCCCAAGCUGCCCUGUGCGGUCACAGCUUCAACAUACCAAAUCUGGUGGUCCGUUUUCAUCCAAAUUUAUCUGUACAAUUUUUGGCUAAAUUGCAAAACAGCAACUUUUAAAGGCUGAAAAGCAGCAACCAAGUGAGAACCAGUUUUUUUGAUCCCACGCAAAAUAUCGCGAAAACGUCAUCUCUGUACAUAAACACGCCGUCCGUUUUACACAAGCAGUAACAACAGCAUUUGACGCGGAAGACUUGUUUAUUUGAAUAGAAGACUGAAGAUGAAUGGGGGGUGGUUGGGGGGGGAGGAAAAAUGGAUCGGCUUGGAAUCACCAGUGGGACCUUUUUUUCCUGAAGAGUUGGCAUCAAAAUGAAACCUUCACGUGCUCAACUUUAUCACAAAUAUCCUGACUGAAACGUCUUUAAAGAGCCCAGGUCAAGUGGGAUGAUGGAUAUGGUGGCACGCCAGCUGGUGCCUCAACCUAUUAACAAACCUGAAACAUUGCUUGCCAGUGGUUGGUACAAGCCACUACUAUCCUUAAGUUGGCGUUUGCCAGGAAUCGGUGUUGGCUUGUACUUGAAAAUUCUGUCUGGCGGUGCUUUUGUUGUUCUGUUUAUAGUUUACUUAUUACCUUGAUUGUCCGGAAGAUCGUGUGGACGUGAAUGCAUUUAAAAAUUUGGGGCCCACUUGAUUGCCUUGAGCUUUUGAUAUGACGAUUGUUUUCUGAGAUUACAUUAGCUUGAGGCAAACAAUGGGUUUCAAAGUCUGUUAAUGCAUUUAUAAUCGAAACGGGAUGUUCGCAUGGGCUUUGGAAGGCUUUCGUGCAGUUAGAAUGGAACUCUUAAAGGCACGUAUUUGACGAUGACUUUGACUGGUGUUGAUGACUGAGCCUUUAUUGGACGACUUGUUUUUUUAGUGUACGGUAUGACGUUUAGUUUAAUAGGGGGGGGUGUAUGUAGUGUGCGCACAUGUGUACAGACAGGAGCAGAGAAAAAUAUUGAUAUUGUAUAUUUUAAUUUUGAAAUCUAUUUUUGUGGAAGAUAAAAAGUUGGCAGGCUUUUUAAGUCAAUGUGAAGCAGCUGUUUUAAACGGUCGUGGAUGUGAGCGGCAACAUUUUUUAAAAGUGAAAUUAAAUUUAAGAUUGGAACAUGACGGGGGGGGAGAGAAAUUGCCACAUCCAUGACCAGAGGUCUGCAUUUGCAAACUGUCAUUUAAAUGCUUUGAAAAGCAUCGGCAGCUUGCGUGUACUGGUGACACCAAGUCGACCAGGUUACUGCCAGCCAGUCUUGCUCACACCUUGUGUAAAUAUGUUUUUAUUUAUUUUCUUCACAUCUUGCCAAUUGUAAAGUAUUUCACAUGUACAUAAGAUGCAUAUGAAGAAAAUAACUGGGGUUUUUUUUUUUUUACAAGAAAGGUGUGGAUCUUUUCAAAAAUGCGGAAAUGUAUUACGGAUUUGUGAUGGCCCUUUCAACUGAAAAAAAUGUGAAGGUGCUUCAAUUGAUUUGUCUUAACCCCACGCAAUUGGCCAGAUUUGACACUCAAACUGUGAACAAUCGAGGUGUUAAGGAACGCUGGUUUGUCAACCAAACCCUUAAGCGCACUGCAGAGACGUUUAACGUUUAAUCUGCAUACAAUUACAACAGGACUUGACCAGAUUUUGAAUUUUUAAAAAUCCCAUUUUUAGAAAUGAAUGCAAUCAUGAACUCGGCAUUCUAUCACUGUAAAGGAUACUAUCGUGAUUUAAUUUGCACCUUGGUAUCAAAUUGGCUACAAUUGUACAUAUGCCAACCCAAAACUAUUUGAAUCCAUCACAAGGAGUGUGCAGUAAAACAAAAAUCUGAAUUGGAUUGUACUUUAAAAUAGUUUUAAAUCAUGCACGCCCUAUUUGCUUAAUAGUGACAUUUUACCACAAUUUGGCUUUGUGUACGGGCCAAUGUACAAUUUGAGAUCUGCGCAGACAUGGUUAAAUUGAACCUGGGUGCAAUUUUAACACGAAUGCGCACUUGGAAAAAAUGGAGCCCUGCAAAAUGCAGUGAGCGUAUUGUUUCAAGCAAAUUUCCCCUUAAACUUUGGAAGAGAAAAAAGGAAAAAAACCAAAAAAAAUACUUCUGCCUAAUUCCAAAUUUAUUUUUCUUCUCUUGCUUUGCUUCUCUACUGUCUCUACAAAACAUUCGCUCUCCACUAAAUACAUUUACAAAUGCCAACCAUUCAAUCUAUUACAUUUCCAGCCAUGUUCAUAUUAAUGAUGUCGCCCCAACUCUCGCCCCAAUGCUUGCGCACCGCAUCAGGGUCUUUAAACUCCACCAGUCUGACCACUGUCCAUCGCUUCAUCCACUUUUUUUAAAAAUACCCGUUACGUACAUAGCUAUGUGUACAUUAUUGGUCACCUACAACAUCUAUAUUCAACAACAGUUGACAUGCCCAAACAAUUUCCGCAGCACCAUAUUACCGUAAGCAUUACACCACGCAACAUUCUCUCCAUGUGUUACCAGCAGUCGAUGCACAUCACUUGACAUGCUUCAACCACGACACACGAUCACCUGUGGAUAAUACAUACACACUUUGCAUUGCCAUUCAAUUGCACACGCCUUGCCAUCAGCAAACACUGCGCACAGUCAUUGUAGAUUCUGGUCCCUCGAUGCAAAACUCAUCCAUUGCUUUAAACACCACACUAACCCUACGCAUCACCUUUCAACUUUACACCGACGUUCAACUCUGCAAACAAUAUUUGGUUCUUUCGGUAAAGUCACGUAUACAGAUAAAGUAAUAAAUUAAAUUUUAUCUUUAUACGUGACUUUACCAAAAGAACCAAAGAAUAAUUCCUGCAGUCACGUAAGCUCCAAAUUAAGUCUGCAAACAUUGCCUACCCACUGCACAUACAACUCUGCCAUACACUGCUCACCACAGCACUUGCGCGCCUCUCUCAGCUGUUCAUCCUACCUCUGAUCUCCUGCUUACCUGUUUCACUCUGCUCUCUUGACCUCUGCUAACGCUCUCCCCUCGCCAUCCGCCACCUCUUGCUAUCCCCUCUCACUUCUGCUACCCCUCUUUGUCCCCUCUUGCACCCUUCCCUCCCCCCACCCCCCAAAUCCUCAAAAAAGCUAUAACCAGUGAAACCGGUACGGCUGCUGAUAGCGCUUACCUGGUUUGUGUGCGUCUGUGUGUCCCGUGUCCAUUUAUUAUCUGACCUGUGUGCACACACACACCACCACUGCUCCACGGAACACAUUGGAUUUACCACGGUAGGGUAGACGGCUCUCAACUCGCCGCGUUACACUUCCCGCUAACGUUGGCGAGCAUAAACUAAUAGCGAAAGUUGAACUUGUCAAAUGAGCAGACGUCUCCGUAUAUACCCACGGCCCUCUGUGAUUAUAUUUGGAUAGUAUUCUGUACAAGCGGAAUCCUGGUUUUGACGUGGGCAGUCGGGCAUUGAAUCGAUGCCUGGUGAACUGCCAAAUGAGUUUGUAGUUAAGAGAUGCCAAGGUUCACCAAGUAACGUAUUCAACAUCGGGCAUGCUUGCGUGCUGAUGUGCUAAUUUGGAGAUUACACGAAUGACCCUGGUCAGGAUUUCAACUAGUUAUCAAGAUUUAAUGCUAUUUGAAUAAUACAAUUAUGUAUUUCCUUAUUUGUAAAAAAAUGCAUUUUCUUUCAAGGUUAAAUUAAUCAGAUUACGGACAAUUCCCCAUGUGCGCUCUUGAGUUGAUACGCCACCUGGCGGAGUAAGCGCAGCGUUGCACCGAGUCGGGCAAGGUGGGGUGGGCAUGUGAUGCAGGAAGCCUGAAAAUAAAACCAUUCUCUGAUGCCGCCUUAAGGACAAAUGUCGGUGACAUUUGGGGCAAUGACCCUUGCGUGCACAGAGGCCUCGGAUUAGGGAUGGGGACUGCAGUUAAAAAAUUGGUGGCUUGGUGAGAUGGUUGUAGGACCGGGAGCAAGUGGAGGGCUUCACUAUUCUGGCAAAUUGCCCGAUGAUGAUGGAUGUAAUUACCAGCGAAACGUCGCACUAAAAUUGUGAACGUGGAUUCACUCUUCAACACACCGGUGGGCUAAGGUAGUGAACUUUUUGUCAAUGUGACACUUUUUUUUACCAAUUGGCCGUUUCGGGUGGUGGACGAUUGCGACAUUUAGAAAACGCGAUCGAACCCAAGAACCUUUAUGAAUAGUAUUGUUCGCGAAAUUCUACGUAUUAAACUGAGAUUGGAUGGGACUACAAGUUCAGUUUGGGUGCGUUUUAGACAAAUGCAAGCUUGCAAUUGUACCGAGAGGCAUACAUGCCUGCGUGUGUAGAGUUAAAUACGCGGUGUGCACACUUAUCCGAGGGUGUGUGUGUGUGCCGCAUGGGGUUGUACGAACAAUUCUAGAUUUGAAGCUUUCGUGACUGCAAGGAUUCAUACUUGUCGGUGAAGUCACGUAGGUAAAAAAAUUACAAUUCAUAAAAAAAUAAAAUAAUUGUAGGCACAAAUCUCCGCCUAAGUGGGUGCAAACCGGCUCCAGUGGUUGUGCACUCUGACACAGGAGGUGUUUGCCAGGGAGACGGGCGAUAAGGGCUUAUUAAUGAUCUGAAAGGCGCUAGCCUUAAAGAGACACGAGAACUCUCCGAUAAUUGGCAGGAGGAUGUCGGGACACGUGCGGGAGCUGAGCGAGUUCUUGCUGGGGAUGAGAGUGAAGACAUCUCGCCACUGCUGCUCAAGCCGUCGACGGAGCUCAACCAUCACGAGUCACGGCUGGGUGAUGGGUGAUCUCGCAUCUCAUGCCCGGCGCAGACGAGUCAAUGGGUCUGAUGGGGGUAGGCAAGGGUAGUGGUGGAGUGUGAGAAGCUGCCGAGGCACUGCAAGCCUCUGAGAAGACGCUGGGAGCAGAGCUGCUGAGGUUCAGGAUAGGUGAAGUGGAACUUGGAUCUAAGGGGUCGUCCAUAAAUGACGUCACGCGAUUUUGGCCAAUAUCUGACCUCACGGCGUCACAAAGUCAGACCCCCCCCUCAGAUAUGACGUCACAAAGCUCCGCCCCCCCCCCCCAAAAACCAUAUUUCUAUUUUGAAAAUAGAACAUGCUUCGAAGCACUUUAAACUAUUGUCGUGUGUAUUUAAUGUGGGGCUACACUGAUGUAAGAAAACAUUAGAAAGGUGUUGGAAAGCUGAAAUUUUUCAUAAAAUACACUUGAAAAUAUUCAACGUCUUAAUUAAAGCUACAGAUGUUUAGAAUAUUAAAUAGAAAUUCUCUUAAUUAUAAAAGAUUUAAAAUAAUUAUAACUAUAAGAAAAUACUAUAAACUUUGUAGUAGAACGAAGCAAAGUGUAGAGUGCAAUUAUAAAAAUCGCAUUCAUUUCACAAGUAAAAGCCCUGGUAGAAUCAUUAGAAUCAAAAUGUUUAAUAACAAUCAUUUUUUCCCCUAAAUUUAUGCUUCUCCACUCUCCCAUGAAAAAGCAAAAUGAUCCUUCAUUAAAUAAAUAAAAGGUGCCCUUAGUAAAUUUAAAUAAUCAAAUAGUUAAUCAUGAAAAUUAGUGUUAUAACAAUUCUGUUUAUUUAAAGUUGAGCAUUUUGAUGUGACGUCACAUUUCUCAAACCCUCCCCCCCACCGUCACAAAUGUCUUGACCCCCUCCCCAGGUGUGUGACGUCAUUUAUGGACGGCCCCUAAGUGACCGUGUAAGAUAGUUCUAGGAGUGCCUACAGCUGCUGCAAGAAUAUUUUUAAUAAAGUGUAAGAAGGUGACCUGU